UGGGGAGAUCGACAAGAUCAUGACUUAGGCGGCAUCAAGAUGAAGAUUCCUCCAUUUCAAGGCAAAAAUGAUACAGAUGUGUAUUUUGGAGUGGGAAAAGAAGGUGGAAUAUGCCAUUGAUGGAGAACUGCUUGCCACUAGGCGAGCUUUGAAUAUGCAAGCCAAAGAAGAUGAUGAAGUACAACGUGACAAUAUAUUUCACAUGAGGUGCCAUGUCAAAAACAAGGUAUGCAGUGUGAUUAUUGAUGGUGGUAGUUGUACUAAUGUAGCUAGCACUGUUUUAGUUGAAAAGGUUAAUUUACCUAUGACGAAGCAUCCAAGGCCAUAUAAGCUGCAAUGGUUAAAUGAUUGUGGAGAAAUCAAGGUAAAUAAGCAAGUUCUGGUUUCAUUCUCUAUUGGACGAUAUAAGGAUGAGGUACUUUGUGACGUGGUUCCUAUGCAUGCUGGACAUUUACUUUUAGGGAGACCAUGGCAAUACGAUAGGAGGGUAACACAUGAUGGCUUCAAAAAUCGCUAUUCAUUUGUCAUGGAGGGGAAAACAAUUACUCUUGCACCAUUGAGUCCAAGUGAUGUCAAGGCUGCGUUCUUUGCAAAGCAGCCUAUGUUUGUGCUUCUGUAUAAAGAUGCUUAUUUCAACACUAAAGAACUUAAUGAUUCUUUGCCUAGUGUUGUUAAAUCUCUUUUGCAAGAUUUCAAGGAUGUGUUUCCAGAUGACGUUCCUAAUGGUUUACCACCAAUAAGAGGAAUCAAGCAUCAAAUCGACUUCAUUCCUAGUGCAACAAUUCCAAACCGACCAGCAUAUCGAAGCAAUCCCAAUGAGACGAAAGAACUUCAAAGGCAGGUCGAAGAACUCAUGAAAAAGGGACAUGUGAGAGAAAGCAUGAGUCCAUGUGCAGUUCCAAUGCUACUUGUGCCUAAGAAGGAUGGGACUUGGCCUGAUGGAAUCACAAUAGAUGAAGAAAAGGUUAAGGCUAUUAAAGAAUGGCCGACACCUAAAAAUAUUUCUAAGGUGCGAAGUUUUCAUGGUCUGGCGAGUUUCUAUCGGAGAUUCAUCAAGGAUUUUAGCACAAUUGCAGCACCUGAAAAAUUGACUGGUGCAACACUUAACUAUCCUACUUAUGACAAGGAGAUGUAUGCAUUGCACCUGAAGGGACAAGGUAAGUUGAAUAGACGACAUGCUAAGUGGGUGGAAUUCCUUGAGAUGUUUCCCUAUGUGAUCAAGUAUAAGCAAGGAAAGGAAAACAUUGUGGCUGAUGCAUUAUCUCGUUGGUACACACUUAUCUCUACCCUAAGUGCAAAGUUAUUAGGUUUUGAGCACAUUAAAGAAUUAUAUGCUAAUGAUCCAGAUUUUGCUAACGUGUUUAAUGCAUGUGAGAAGAUUGCUUUUGAUAAGUUUUAUAGGCAUGAAGGGUUCUCAAAGAUGACACACUUCAUUCCAUGUCAUAAAAUUGACAAUGCAACCAAUAUUGCGGAUCUAUUCUUCAAGGACAUUGUUCGUUUACAUGGCAUUCCAAGGACUAUCGUUUCUGAUUGCAAUGUCAAGUUCUUGAGUUACUUUUGGAAGACAUUGUGGGGAAAGCUGGGAACUAAGCUACUGUUUUCGACUACUUGUCAUCCACAAACUGAUGGACAAACAGAAGUGGUUAAUAGGACGUUGUCAACCUUAUUGCGUUCUAUUAUUCAGAAGAACUUGAAGAACUGGGAAGAGUGUUUGUCGCACGUUGAAUCUGCUUAUAAUCGGAGCGUCCAUUCAGCAACUAACUGUUCACCAUUUGAAGUUGUGUAUAGUUUUAAUCCACUCACUCCUUUAGAUUUAUUGCCUUUACCUAUUGAUGAACAAGCUAGAGUGGAUGGGAAAAAGAAAGCUAAAGUGGUUAAGCAACUGCAUGAGAGGGUGCGACAAAACAUAGAGCGACGAGCUGAGCAAUAUGCAAAGCAAGCCAACAAAGGAUGCAAGAAAGUUGUAUUUGAACCUGGAGAUUGGGUUUGGGUGCAUAUGCGCAAGGAGCGAUUCCCUGCACAAAGGCGUUCUAAGCUGCAACCAAGAGGCAAUGGACGAUUUCAAGUGAUUGUGAGGAUUAAUGACAACGCAUACAAGUUGGAGCUUCUUGGACAAAUCCUUUUGAGGACAAAUCCUUUUGAGGAGAGAAGGAAUGAUGGGAAUCAAGACGACAGCAUAUCUACUAUGUCAUGUGAUCCAUUACACACCCAAGGAGGUCCAAUCACGCGAGCUAGAGCUAAGACGAUGCGUGAAGCUUUAAAUGGCCUUAUUGAGCAGAUCUGGGUUGACAACAACAUACAACAAGCAAAUUGAAGCUUGGAUGAUUAUCAAGGCAUGGUAAAUAUCAUUUAGGUUCAAGAGAAGCUUAGUUGAGGUCAUUUGCACGGAAUUACAUAGUUUGCGUCAAAAUCGCACAAUUCUGCUGCAAUUUGUAGCAAACUGAUAUUUCGUGUUAUUUUAGGUUAUUUUUAGUGAUUUUCACGUUUUUUGUAUUAUUUUUGGGCUGAACAUUCACUUAUUUGAAGCCCAAUUCAUGGUUAUUAGGUUUAAGACUUAGGGUGUUAAUUUCCUAUU